AUGGCAGAGCCUGACACCAGGCCAGCUGAGCUCAAGGAGAAGCCUGAUGGCAGCACCGCGCUGAUUGAUCGUAUGGCAACCUCUGACACCGCUGUGACCGAGGACACGGCCAACCCUGACACCGCACUGGCCGAUCUCAUUGUGAAGGACGACACAGAGCCCACUCAUUGCACAGCAAAGCCCGACACCGCUUUGGCUGACGACACAAUCGGCUCUGACACCGCAGCCACAGAUGUCAUGGCCAAGGCCGACAUGGCGCCGAUGCCAGUUGAUGGCACAUCACACUCUGACGCGGCACCGAUGGACGGCACAGCAAAGCCUGACACCGCUUUGGCUGGUGACACAACCGGCUCCACCACUGACCUUGUGGCACAGGCUGACAUCACACCGAUGCCGACUGAGGGCACAGCAAGCUCUGAUGAGGCACCGAUGGAUGAUGCAGCAAACCCUGAGACUGCCAUGACCGAUGCUGAAACCACAACAAGGGAUCUCAUGGCAGAGGGUGACACCACGAGUGAGGGCAUCGGAAACACUGACACCACGCCAGCUGAGAGUGUGACUGAUGCUCCCAAUCUGCACUUUUUGGAGGGGAAAGGUGUCUCCAAUUGGAAGCCAGUGCCAGCCAUCGUUUGGUCCAUCCACCACGACCUGACGUUCCACGUGUCUCCUCCCACUGACAUCUGCAGGCUCGCUGAGGCACACCCACUUGAUGUGGUGAUGACUCUCCUGCGCUGCGCCCCAGAGUGUGACAGAGCUGCUGCACUGAUGUGGAGAAGCAUCGGCUCCUCGGGAACAGUAGUGGAGAAGGUGCUGCCAGUAUUGUUCCGCGUGAUGGAGGAUUGGCCAGUGCACGGAAUGUCCACCUCGGAUGGCGACAACAGAGAUGUGUUUGCCCUGGCUGCAACCCUGGCACUGUGGCUGAUCAUCCAGGAGCCCAAGUGCCAGGAUGCAGUCAUGAAUUACAUCCCCCCCCUGCUCGUGGCUCUGCUGUUCCAAGUGUCCAUGAGCACAGAGCAGGUGCCAGAAGAGGUGAAAACCUUCUGGAGGGGAUGCCUGGAGCAACAUCACCUUCCCACCGAGCCCAACAGGUUCUUGGUAGAGACCAUCAAGGCCCUGCUGUGCCAUCUGCCGUGGGAGGAUAUUUGGAUGGCAAGGAAGCGCAGUCUUGCCUGGGACCCACUUGUGAAUUCUGACACCCAUCACUAUGCAGUGGGUCUGCAUGUCAGGGAGAUGCGCCGCCAAUUGACCCCCUCCCAUUCCCCACUGGCAAUCCACCUGCUGGGGCUGCUCAGCACUGAGGACCCCCGUUGGGAGCUGCCUGCCCUGGAGUUCCUUGUGGAGGUCCUGGACUAUCUGGACACAAGGAGAUGUCAGAGCAGUGUUGAGCAGAUCCUGUCAAGGCACCUGCAGAGCGAGUGCUCAGAGAGACGUCGCCUGGCUCUGCGAGGCCGCAUGGUGCUCUGGAUGAAUCUGUCAAUGGCCCAAAGCAUCUGCAGCCUGUCUCAACACCUCCUGGAGCUGCUGCCUGAUGAAGAUGGAGACGUGGUCAUGAUGACCCUCUCUGUGUUUGUGAAUGUGCUCCGGGACAGAGACAUUCGAGCAUUCAUCUCCACUGCCCCCAAGCUGGCUGAGGCGCUCCGGCCACUCUUUGACAACCUGUCCUCCUUUUGCUUCUUCCAAACGGUGAUGGAGGUACUGGUGGAAGGGGGAACAAAGCCCUUGGAGAUGCAGAUGCACCAGAUCCUGGUGCUGUGGUUCUUCCUGCAGUAUGAUGAGCACCAGUGCGUGGCAGAGGUGCCGACCAUUGUGAGAUCCAUGCACCAGUGCCUCACCUCCCACAUGGCUCCAGGUGUCAGGAUGCACACCAACAUCUGCAGGCUCGCUGAGGCACACCCACGGGAUGUGGUGAUGACUCUCCUGCGCUGUGCCCCAGAGUGUGACAGAGCUGCUGCAAUGAUGUGGAGAAGCAUCGGCUCCUCGGGAACAACAGUGGAGAAGGUGCUGCCGGUACUGCUCAGAGUGAUGGAGGAUUGGCCAGUUCACGGAAUGUCCACCUCCGAUGGUGACAGCAGAGAUGUCUUUGCCCUGGCUGCAACCCUGGCACUGUGGCUGAUCAUCCAGGAGCCCAAGUGCCAGGACGCAGUCAUGAAUUAUGUCCCCCACCUGCUCGUGGCUCUGCUGUUCCAAGUGUCCAUGAGCACAGAGCAGGUGCCAGAAGAGGUGAACAGCUUCUGGAGGGGAUGCCUGGAGCAACACCGCCUUCCCACCCAGCCCAACAGGUUUUUGGUCCAGACCAUCAAGGCCCUGCUGUGCCGGCUGCAGUGGGAUAAUGAGGUGGUGUCAGUGGAGCGCAAGUGUGGCUGGGACACGCUCGUCUGUGCUGACACCCAGCACUAUGCAGUGGGGCUGCUGGCCAGGGAGAUGCGCCACGUCUUGGUCCCUUUCUAUUCCCCCAUGGCAAUCCACCUGCUGGGGCUGCUCAGCACUGAGGACCCUCGUUGGGAGCUGCCUGCCCUGGCCCUCCUUGUGGAGGUCCUGGACUAUCUGGACGGGAGUAAAUAUCAUGACAGGGUCCUGCCCAUCCUGUCGAGGAACCUGCAGAGCCAGUGCCCAGAGAGGCAGCGCCUGGCACUCAGAGGCCUCCUGGUGCUUGCUGUGGAUCCCUCAAUGGCCCAAAGCAUCUGCAGCCAGUCCCAACACCUCCUGGAGCUGCUGCCUGAUGAAGAUGGAGAGCUGGUCGUGAUGACCCUCUCUGUGUUUGAGAGUGUGCUCCGGGAUGAAGACAUUCAGGGAUUCAUCUCCACUGCCCCCAAGCUGGCUGAGGCGCUCCGGCCACUCUUUGACAACGACAACACCCACGUGCAGCUGCUCUCCAUUCGCCUCUUCCGAGAGGUGAUGGAGGUGCUGGCGGAAGAGGGAACACAGCUCUUGGAGACGCAGGUGCACCAGAGCCUGGUCCCACUCUUCAUCCAUGGGCAUGAUGAGAUCCAGUGCGUGGCAGAGGCCUCUCGAGAAGUGCUGCUUUGCGCUGCAAGGUUCCUCAAGAGAAGGGACCUGGAGAAGCUGCUGAGGAAAGAGCAGCACUUCAAGUUCUGUGAUUGCCUGAUGGACAAGGACGUGAGCCGAAGGGCUGAGCACCUGCACCAGGCCCUGCCCUACCUACAGAGCCCACAGCAGCCCCUGCGAGAGGCGGCCGUCAGGUUCAUGGGGAUCGCUGCCUGGCACAUGAAAGACCUGCAGCUCCUCAUGAGGGCCUUUGAAGCCAUGAGCCAGGACGACUGCCCGUCCUACUGCACCAUGCGGACUGAAUUCUUGUCCGCUUUUAGACGGGCAGUAACAAAGUAAUCUCCAGCCACACAACCAGCGUCCCUCCAACAGCUCCAGAAGACCAAGGGACGAGACCACUUCUCAGCAGAGCUGGAGAUUCAGCUGAUGCUGGGCCCAACUGAGCCAGUCGGCAAGGCCAGGCAGCUCCUGGCCUGCCCAUCUCAAUGGACAUCCCCUUCCCAAACCUUCCCUUCCCUUCCCAAACCUUCC